AUGCUGAAGUUUUUUAUAAUUUUUGCAGUUUUUAUGGCUGUCAAGCUGCCACAUGUCAAUUCUGAAUUCGUGACUCUAUGGACUCCAAAGUUUGUACAGGAAGAUGCCAUUUAUCGCCUAUUUGUCCUUCCAACUGAUUUAUCUGAAAACACAGAAGUUGCUGUUCAGUUCCGUAAGACAUCAGCUGCAUAUACAAUGGCUAAUAAGAAGAUUGGUGCUAUUGAGUAUGGCAGCAAGCAGAGGAACUUUGGUGACAUCAAAUCAUACGAUCUUACCAUGACUUUAUUGCGGAAUGUAUCAACAGGUUCAGGAACUGAAAUGCAUUGCUCGACCAAAACUAUUUCAGUUGACACAAAGACUGGAGCUUUUUAUAAUUUCAUCCAAACUGAUAAGCCGAUUUAUAAGCCUGGAGAUGAAGUGCAGUUCCGUGUUUUAACAGUUGAUAAGGAUCUCUUGCCUUAUCAUAGGAACAGCAUCAAUGUGACUAUUACAGAUCCAGCAGGUCGUGUGAUUUACAAUUUUCAGAAUCAGGCAGGCAAAUUCAUGGGCGUAUUUGAUGACAAGUUCACAUUAAGCACAGAAACAACUCUUGGUGACUGGAUGAUUACAGUUAUUGUUGAUAAGAAGGAUAACAUGGCUGUAUCGAAGAUCUUUGCAGUCCAAAAGUACACGUUGCCUCUUUUUGAUCCACAAAUUGACUUACCUGAAGUUCAUGUGAUUAAGGAUGCUGACAUGCUGUUCUCAGUCUAUGCAAAGUAUUCAUUCGGUGAAUAUGUCAAAGGAACUGCAGAAGUGUUCAUAAGGCGUGCAGCAGAUAAGUACGUGUUCUAUAAGGAAACCUUCAAUAAUGUCUACGAACCAAAAGUCAUCACGAAGAACUUAAAAUCAAUCGGAGUCCAAACCUUGGAUAUAGUUCAACUUGAAGUAUUUGUGAUCUUUACAGAACCAACAAGUGGAAUGCAUUUUAACAAGACAGUUCCAUUCUUUGCUCACAGUGAUGAUAAACACAAAUUGGUUCCAGUUCACACCGAGAAAUUCUUGCCCGGCUUCCCAUUCACAGUAAAAGUCUUCAUUUAUGAUUGGAAAAAUGUUCAGAUGAUGAGUAAUUUUGAGCAAAUUGAGCUGACUUAUUACUAUGAAUUUGCAAAUGGAACAACUGGAAACACAAUGUAUCUUGGGACAUUAGAAAAUGGAGUUUAUUUGAAUGAGUUCGAGGUGCCACUUGAAUACAUAGCUUUGACUGUUGAUGUCAAGUUCACCAAUAGUGAUACUUAUAACAAGAAGAUUGAGAAAGGAACAGUUGAAGUUGGAAUGAAGAGCUUGAUUGUCAGCCACAAGCCAACAAAUCCAAACCUUUACGAUACAAUCAAGAUUUUCAUCACCAGUGAUCAACCACUUAACGUAAUCAUUUACGCAAUUGUAACAAGAUAUGGAAAUACAGAUUCUAAACAGGUUGAUUGUAAAGGACAGUUACUUUGUGACUUUGAACUUGAUAUAGCUGAAGAGAUGAUGCCGCAUUCUACAAUCAUGGUCUACGAUGUAAAGGAUCAACAAACUAUUUAUCAAGGACAGACGGAGAUUGAGACAGAUAAUUUGGGACGGAAUCAUCUCACAGUUGAACUUCCAAAGACAAAAGCCAAGACAAAGGAAGAAAUUAACAUCAAAUUUUCAACAAAAGCUAAGUCGACGGUUUACAUGCUGGCAUUUGACAAGCGUUUGACAUUCCUUCGGGAUGGAAAUGACAUAGUCAAGGAUGACAUAAUGACAUCUGUAGCUGACUAUGAUGGAGAAAAUAAAAUUCUCGUUGAUGACAUGGCCAAGUGGACUGUUUGUACACCCGAGGAAGUUGAACGUGUUGCAAGUGGAAGGACUUAUGUUGUUAAUCAAGGCGGCACAGACACUGUGUAUCCAGAGGAACCAGAUGAUCCAUCAACUGCUAGUGAUAAUUCUGUAAACCCUGAUUUUCCACCAACCAAAGACGGGUUGCUUCGUGAAUACUUUCCAGAAACUUGGAUCUUUGAGACAAUUGAAGUUGGCAAACAGUCGACAUUUGAGAAGGCAUACACAACACCAGACUCGAUGACAACAUGGCUGAUUUCUGCAUUUUCUGUUCAUAAAGAUCAUGGAAUCGCAUUAUCACCAAGACAGGACCUGAUUGUGAUGGAAGAAUUCUUCCUUGAGAUGAACUUACCAUACUCAAUCCGGUACACAGAAGUCCUCAAACUUGAUGUCUUAAUCUUCAACUAUGUCGAUACCAAAGAGACGAUAACAGUUGACUUAAAACUGAAUAAUUUAAAUGACGGCAUGGAGUUCCAGUUUGUGGAUUACUCAUCAGAUUGUACUGCUUCAUACCACGAUGGAACUGAAGCAACUGCUAAAUCUUCAGUCGAAGCUAAUGGAGUAUCCACAGUCCACUUCUAUAUCCGAUCACAUCCUCUAAACAAUGAAUUUGAUGAAAUGAAGCAGAAACUCAUGACACUGGAUAUUGAAGCUACAGCUAAAAGCACAGAUGGACGAACUUAUCGUGAUCAUGUGCAGAAGAAGCUGAUCGUCGAUCCAGUUGGAAUCAAAGUUUACAUGGUCAUGUCAGACUUCUUUAAACUUGAUGGUGAAACUACCAAUCCAAACAUACAGACAGCCAACUUCUCACAAGAUCUGUCAAACAUUGAUGUUGUUGUGACUGGAGACUUCCUCACUGACAGUAUGGAUAUAGAAAAUGAAAUUGCGAUUGUCCCAAGUGACUGUCUCGAGCAAAGCUCUAUCAAAUUCAAGCGAAACAUCGACACAUUCCAUUAUUUGGAUGUAAAAGGUAAAAAUCCAUCAAAAUCGCAUUUUACUGAACAAUAUCAAGCGGUACUGGCUAGGUUGAAGAAAGGCUAUUCUUACGGAGACACAGCAUCAUUCAGAGCUAACUUGGCGAAUAUGUUUGCGACCGGAAUGUCAGUUGGUGCAGUUCCUCUUGAUAAGAAGGUUCUAUUUGAGCAACUUGACAUUGUUAGGGAUAAGCAAGAGAGCAAUGGGACAUUUACACAUGCAAACUUUGAUUUUUACUACGGAUUUCCUUAUGAUCAAAGAAAUCCAAACUUUGUAUUCACAGAACAAUACAUUGCUGCUGCAUACUGUAUAAUUCCUGUUAUAAGAUAUAAGAAUUUUAUGGACGGACGAUACGAUAACUUAGUUAAUAAAGCAUUUAAAUAUUUAGAUGAUGACUCAAAUCGUCUUCAAGUCAUGCGACAUGGAUUGUCUGUAGCUUCAUAUGUCUACGCAUUAAACAAUCAACCAGAAAAGGCAAAAAAUUUACUUAAAGUAAUUGAGCAAGCUUACAUCCAUUACGAGGACAAUAAGAAAUGUUAUAAAAUAGUUGAAGAUGAUCCAGAUUGUGACAUCAGGCACACAUCGUAUGUAGCACUAACUUAUCUGAAGCUCAAUGACUUGAUAUCAGCUGAGCCAAUCGUUUAUUAUCUGAUGGACAUUAAGGAAUAUAGUUAUUAUUGGACUGAGACUAGAUAUCUCUCAAUCAUAACAGAACCGAUUGCUGAAAUGGGUGUUCAGUUGAAUGUUGCUGAUACAAACUUAGGAAUCACCAUUAAAGAUGAGAAAAACUUUAGACAAGAUUUUACCAUUACCGAUGGGAAUUCAGCCCUUCCACAAAGUGUUGAAAUGCCAUCAGGAUCAGCACAAGUUAGCUCAGUUGUGUCUGGUAAAGGCUACUGCACUGUCACUUCUAUUUUUGAGAGACUUGUAAGAGUUCCUGUGAUUGAUAAUACCUUCAGUCUUACUGUCACAACAAGAACUGAUUCAGGCUCGGGCAUGAUAAAUAUUAUGAAAACUGUCCAAGUCUGUGCAAAAUACAAUAAGCAAACUGGAAUGAAGCCAGUCUUAGUUAAUGUGUUGUAUGAAGUCGAGAUGCCGAGUGGAUAUAUCUUCAUAGAGCAUAAAGAGAUUCGAGAUAGUCAAGAGAGCAGAGAUAAAAUUAAGGAAGUGGUAGCACGAAGGCAAAAUACAGUUGUAAAUCUUUAUUACGAAGACUUCCAAAAUGGUAUCAAUUAUUGUGUUGAUUUAAAAGCCACACAGAAAUAUUCCGUAAAUGAAGCUGUAAAUGCUGGAGUUAAAGUUUACGAUUACAAUAAUAAAGAAAAUGUUGCUGUUCAGUUUUAUAAGUUUAGUUCGAACGGAUGCUAG